UUUAGUUUAAUUUUAAAAUGUAAACAAGCUUCCGUCAUUGGUCAUAUGAUAAAUUUGAGACAGGCUGGUACCCAUUAUCAGGUUAAUGUGAAAGCACAAGAGUUGUCAUCAUUGCCAUGGCAUUAUCAAGGGGAGGUCACCAAGGUUACGGUGCGGUGAGAGAAUACAGGGAUGAUCCUAACUUUCAAGAUUUCAGAGAUGACAAUGGCAGAUCAUUUGAUGAAGAGUUUUCACAAAUUACGAGAAAUAUAUCCAGUAUAAACAAUGGAGCAAAUGUGAUAGAAAAAGCUGCUAAAGCGAUAGGGACUGACAGGGAUAAUGGACAAGCUGGUGAUAAAAUCCAUCAUGUAUCUCAAGAUACUGCCAAAACUGUGACUGCAACAACUAGAUUGCUGAAACAACUAAGUAAACGUAGACUAGACAGAUCUCAGAAAUUACAAAUUGAUAAAGUGACACAUGAUUUUCAAGAAAGUCUUCAAAGAUUUCAAUCAUUACAAAAGAAAGCAACAGAGAAAGUGAGAGAUGCAAGCAGGAAGGAGGCACAGAAACCAAAAAAGUCAGCUUGGCUGGAUGAUGAGGAUGAUGAGCCUUUGAUAGAAGAUGAUAGUAGAAGACAGCAGUUGAUGGCUCAAGAACAAGUGAUAGAUGAUGAUCUGGCUUUAAUAAGAGAGAGAGAAGAACAAAUAAGAGCUUUAGAGGGAGAUAUAUUAGAUGUAAAUGAAAUAUUCCGGGACCUAGGUGCAAUGGUACACGACCAAGGAGAACAGAUAGAUACUAUAGAAGCCAAUGUAGAAAAGGCAUAUACAGAUGUAGAACAAGGCACGGGACAGCUGUCUAAAGCUGCUACAUAUCAAAAAAAAGCGAGGAAGAAGAUGUGCUGUUUAGUUUUGAUUUUUGUGAUAAUAGCCGCCAUUAUAGCCAUAAUUAUAGCUGUAUCAGUUAAAAAAUAGACUGGUUAUAGUCUUCACGUGAAUUUUAGACAGACAGACUGGGACCAGAGUCAUAACUAAGGCUGUGUCAGUUAAAUUUUCUGAAAAAGUAGAUUGUAUACUGUCUACAGAAUAAUUUUGGACUGGAAUUUCUCGUCGAAAUAGACUGAUGCAUGAAAGAAGCAGAAAUGGUGCAUGAAUGAAGCAGAAAUGAGAUGUGAUUUGUUUUUAUUGAAAAUACUCUUUGGUCUAAAAGACCAGUUAGGUUAGAUUUAGAUAAGGUUAUGUUGUUAAACUAUAUACAUUGACUUGAUAGAUUAAAACUUAAAUUAAGAUGUAUUUAUUUACUGAUAAACCAGAGCAGAUAGCAGAUAAUGGCAUCAAAAUUUAAGAGUGAAUAGCAGCUGCAGAGUACCAUUUCUGUGUAAAUCGAACAUUUAUCUUAUAGCAUAGGCUAUUUUUAGCAAGGCAUGUGAACUGAAUGGAUAAGAAAUAGAAAGGUUUGCAAUAUUGUAUCAUUUGUUUAAUUGAUUAUGUAUACAUGCAUAGAAUUCAUAAAACAUUCACAUAUUUAUUGUUACCUACCUCUAGGGUGUAGGGAGCCCGAGUAGCAUAGAAAAAUCACAAUCUAUCUCUUCUAGUAGUAUGGAUUUUACGAUAUUGACUCAAAAUAAGGAGGGAAAAUUUUGCAACUGAAGUCAUAUCCAAAAUAGCACAAAUAUUAACCCUUUCCCUGCUAAAUUUCUGGAAUUGACUGGUCUAUAUUUCAAUUUGGACAGUACCAUUAACUGCUACCAGGGGUGCUUACAAAAAAGUACUGACUGAAUGGCAAACAGUGCAGAUCUUGAUCAGACUGCAUGGAUGUGCAGGCUGAUCAUGAUCUGCACUGGUCAUAAAGGCAGAAUCAUGUCCAGCAUGAUAAAGGUUUAAACAAACAAAGUGUUUCAUCAAAAAGAAGAAUUUAGUACACAU